UAAUAGCGUCGAGUUCCCGCGGAUAACGGACGCCGCCGGCCACUGCACCAGUCAGACCAGCGCCGCGCCGCGCAUCGCCGCACUCAGAACAGUCCGAGCCCCCCGUCCCGCCGACAUGGCCCCCCGCGAGGCGCAGGACAACGGCGAGGCCCGCGCGUCCACCCUGCCGGGCCUGUGGAAGUACCCGAGCCACCGGGAGAGCGACGGCGCCGUCACGGGGCCGUCGUACCUGGACAGCCGGCGGCGAGACGAUGGCGCCGAGGGCCUGUGGCGGGUGCACGACAAGCUGUACGACCUCGAGCCGUUCGUCCAGCGUCACCCCGGCGGCGAGCACUGGCUGCGCUCCACCAAGGGCAUGGACAUCACGGAGCUGUUCGAGAGCCACCACGUGACGGGGCGCGCGCCCGAGGUGCUGGCCCGCCACUGGGUGCGGGACGCGACGCAGCCCCGCAACUCGCCGUACACGUUCCUGGAGGACGGCUUCUACCGCACGCUCAAGCGGCGCGCCGCGCCCGUGCUGGCCGCCACGCCCGACCCGGGCGUCGCGCCGCGCUUCAACGACGCGCUGGUGGCCGCGUCGUUGGCGUGCGCGGGGCUGGGCGCGGCCGUCCCCGGCGCCGCGGGCUGGCUGAUCGUGGCGCUGGCCGGCGUGCUCGUGUCCUGGUCCGCCGUGUGCGCGCACAACUUCACGCACCGCAGGGAUAACUGGAGGAUGUACUACAAGAGCCUGUGCUUCAUGUCGCUAUCGGACUGGCGAGUGUCACACAUCCUCUCGCACCACAUGUACCCCAACACGCUGCUGGACAUCGAGAUCAGCAUGCACGAGCCGCUGCUGCAGUUCCUGCCCACGCCGGGCAAGCCCCUCAUCUACAAGAUCGCGUCCUUCUUCGUCUUCACCUUCUACGCCGCCACGGCGCUGCUGCUGGGCGUGAGGCACAGGGUGACGCGCCUGCGCCUCGAGGACUUCCUGCCCUUGCUGUACCUGGGCGCCAUGCUCGCGUGUGGCGCUCCGGCGCUGCGGGCGCUCGCCAUGUGGCUCUUCCUCUGUGUCGUCCACAGUCUCGUCUUCCACUUCAUCGGGCUCACGGCCGCGCACCACCACCCCGACAUCUUCCACGACGGCGACGCACCGAGGGGGAACUUUCGUUUAUUUUUGUCUCUUCUUUGUGGGGACGGAGACUAUCUGUGGAGAAAUUUGAAACACACGGUGUUACAUAAAAAAGACUCCACGCUCGAGAGGGAUCGGAGACUUUGUCACAAUAACCUGAUGGCGUCCGUGGCCCUGGUCCUGGCCACGGCCCUGGUCACUCCGGUGUCCCCUUGCACAGGGCCCCCGGCUGCCGCAGCACCAGCUCGCAGGACUCGGGACCGGCUACGGCGCCACCUGCUCUCGCAAAAAGCCCGAGCAACAUUUCAAUAUGUGUUUUUUUUUCCUACUUCUCAUUUGCUUCAUAGUUUGCUUAACGUGUUGUGUAUCAAAUGUCAAUAGUUUUCAUUAUUUUAAGAAAGAAAAAUCCGAAUGUUUGUCAUUA